AAGAUGUUCAUCAUAACAUGGUGACUUAAAAAGAUGAGAAAAAAGACAUGGAUCGGAUAAGGCAAAAAUUGAAAAAAAUGCAUCUAGUUCGCUCUGCGUGGUUUAUGGGAAACAAAAGUAACCAGGUGUUCUGUGGUAACUCCAUAUCUCGAGAGCACCACGGAACAACCCUCUUGAUCAACGACGACACCCUCCACAGAUGAAACUAUCAGGAUCAAAUGGAACAACAACAGAAAAAC